AUGCUUUAUGAAAAGCUGUAUUGGGUGCAAAUCUUUUUAAUAUCUAUACUAGUAAGCUCAAUUUUAGCAGAAUGGAAUACAAGAGAUUACAUCAGACGAGAGCACUCUCUCACAAAACCUUACCAAGGGAGUGGAAUGUCGGUGCCUUACUGGGACUUCUUAGGUAGCACGAUAGUAACAUCAAAUUAUGUGCGUUUGACUCCCGACCUGCAGUCAAAAUCAGGAGCUAUCUGGAAUACAGUGCCAUGCCAAACACGCAACUGGGAGCUUCAAGUUCAGUUCAAGGUGCACGGCCGAGGCAAGGACCUCUUCGGUGAUGGCUUUGCGAUAUGGUACGUCAGGGACCGCAUGCAGACCGGCCCUGUCUUCGGCAGUAAGGACUACUUCGAAGGCCUCACCAUCAUAUUGGAUACUUACAGUAACCAUAACGGUGCACAUAAUCACCAGCACCCGUAUAUAUCGGCGAUGAUAAACAACGGGUCGCUGCACUACGACCACGACAGGGACGGCACACACACACAGAUCUCAGGCUGCGAAGCUAAGUUCCGCAACUACAACCAUGACACACACAUAUCUAUUACAUACAUGGAUGAUACUCUCACAGUAUCCACAGACUUGGAAGGCAAGAAUGCGUGGAAGGAAUGCUUCAAGGUACAUAAUGUGCUGCUCCCUACUGGAUAUUUCUUCGGAGCGUCGGCAACGACUGGCGACCUAAGUGACAAUCACGACAUCAUCGCCAUAAAAAUGUAUGAACUGGAUCUUUUAGAAGCGCAAAACAAAGAUGAAGACCGCUCCCAAAUCAUUCCGUCGGCCGCAUCAUUUGAGGCGCCUCGGGAACGAAUCGAAGAUGCCAAACCUGCAAUGUCUGGCGUCAAAACAUUCUUAUACAUGAUGUGUAUAGCAAUUGUCAUCAUAGUCCUCGUUGUCUUAGGUAUCAUGUGGUACCAGAAACGUCAAGAACAAUCUAGAAAAAGAUUGUACUGA